UUUUAGUUAAAAAAAAAAAAAAAUCGUUUCUUAUAAAUUAAACGAUUUCUUACAUAUAUAUAUAUAUAUAUAGAGAGAGAGAGAGAGAGAUCCGCUAUAUGCAUAUUUACUCAAGGCAAACGGGAAGAUUAUUGAUCAAAUUCAAGUAUUUUUCUUCAAAAAAGAUUUUUUCUUUCUUGGGCAAACGAUUAUAUUAAGGAUAAGAAACAAAGCCAAAUUAUAUACCGGUUGUAAAAACUAUAAUGAUUUCAAUUUAUAAAUAUAAAAUACAUUUGCGUUCCUGUAAAAAAUAUAAUGUACACUAUGGAAACAAAACUCAUCAGCAAAAUAUAUCAAAGUGUACUAUAAAUUAUGGAAACACAUUGAUCAAUUUUACUCUUGAUUCGGUUCCACAAAUUUGUUUUAUUUAUUUUCUUACGUUUGAGGUUUGAUGCUAUAACUACAUAUAUUUGAUGUACCGAAGACAACAUCGCCACGGUGGAUAAGCCUAUCAAUUUUCUAGCAGUUUUCUGAUUAUUACUAAAUACUAAACAUUUUUGUUGACCACGAAAAAAAGGUAACAACAUUUAUCUCUGUUUUUAUCACGGUGUAUUUAUCUCUGUUUUUUGCAUAUAGCCCUUAAAAAAACAUUUUGCAUGUACCCGUUUUAAGAAAAGAAGAAACAUAUUGCAUGUACUGCGUUUCAAUUUACAAAAUCUGUAAAACAUGUAAGAAGCAUUAAAGUUACUGGGAUGGCGACAUCGACAUGACAUAUUAACAGUAAAAUCGACAUUUGUAGUUAGCAACAGAGAAAAGGAAUAUCUGAACGCACAAGGAAUCUUCCUUCAUUUUGAACUUUUAAAAACAAUCUCGUAGUGCGAUCAAAGGCAUCCCGGUAAGCAAAUAUUUAAAUAAAAAAGGAAUUUCCUACAAAUUUUCCUCUAUAAAUUCUUCAAUACCCAAAACUAAAUUUUUCAUAGUUGAACUUACAACAAUACAAGUGAGAAAAACAGUAAUAAGAACAAAGAAAAAUGAGGGCGACACCAAAAGUAGAAAUAUGGAAGUCACCAAUACCAUACCUCUUUGGUGGUUUGUUUUUGCUUAUUUUGCUUAUAGCUUUAGCAUUACUCUCAUUGGUCUGCACAAACAAAAAGACUCCUUCUUCUUCAUCUUCUUCUAAUGACACCAAUCCUGUGGGCGAAGAGGACGACACCGGAGACAACAAAUCUAAGAUUAUUAUGGUAGAGUACUUACCUAAGAUCGUAGUGAUUUUGGCCGGAGAGGAUAAACCUAGUUGCUUGGCCGUUCCGGUGAUUCCUCCACCGUCUUCCAUUUAUCCUUGUAACUGCGGCAAUGUUACUGUCGUCUCAACCUAACUCAUUUACUUCUCUUUUUUCUUUUGCCAGCACAAAGAAUAAGAGAUUUCAACUUUUGUAAUAAUCAUCGGCAAUUUUGUAGUAGUCGACUGUUUUUGAUGGGUGGUAGACUGGUAUAGUAUAGAUAAAGUUUUGUUUAAUGCUUUCUUAUGAACUGCAAAAGUUUUGUUUAAUCUUGAGAUUACUAUAUCGAAUAUAUUUGGAAUAGCCUAUGAAUUAUAUAUCU